GGUGACGCAUCAUCAAUUCCCUCUCCGACAGACGGGAAGCGUAAAGGCCCAAAAGUCAACCCAAUCGCCACCUUCUCAUGCGUUGUAGCGCCCACAGCUCCGCCGAUGGAUCCGAAGAGCGGCUUCUGCCCUGCCACCAAGACCUUCCGCAGCGUCCGUCCGUCCUCUCACACUGCCCCUGGCCUCCGCCCCCUUCUCCGUCGCCGCUUACGCCCGCUCCGCCCUGCCCUCCUCGACGCCUCCACUGCUGCCGCUAUCCCCCUACCACGUGUUCCUCCCCCAGGUCCGCUCCCUCACCGCUGCCCUUCGCUCCCAUGCCCGCCUCGACCUCCCUGUCCUCGACUCCGCCCUUCUGUCCCUCGGCGUCGCCACCCCCGCUGAGAUCGCCCGCCUCCUCGACCUUUCCCGCCCAACCAUCGCCUUCGCCAUCGCCGGAAUCUGAUCGGAUCGAUGGCGCCGUUCGUGGCGUCAGCAGUGCCGGGAGUCUGCUGUGCUGAUGGUGACGGUGCCACUAUUCCAUGUGUACGGAUUCCUGUUCUGCUUGAAGGCGGUGGCCGCGGGGGAGACGGCGGUGAUCCAGACAGAGAGGUUCGAUGCGAAGAGGGCACUAGCAGCAGUGGGGCGGUGACGCACCUCGUCGUGGAUCCCAGUGAGCCGUUAUCUCUAAUCCAUUUUCUCUUUCGUAAGAUUCAGUGAACCAUGAGAGGUUUCGGGGAGGCUGACGGACGAACAUGCAAAGGCUGACGGACGAAUAUGCAAAGUUGUAUGGUGCAGGUUCCACCGGCAGAACUAGAGAGCUUGCUUCGAACACAGCCAGAUAUCAUUGUGGCUGCUGUUGUCCCGCGAGUAAAAGUACAAGUAUCUUAUUAAUGAAAACUAAACUUGGGACCAAGUUCUUGUUGCGGCUUGGUAAUAUGUCAACAAAUAGCAACCCACAGGGUUUCUUUGACGGAUGCCCUGAUGAGGAAGCAAGUCAAGUUGCUGUCGCAUUUGUUGUGAGACAGACCCACAGCACUUUGAAAGAGUCGCAGGUUAUGGAGUUUGUGUCAAAUAAGGUUGCACCUUAUAAGAAGAUACAUCAUUCAUGUUUUCUUUGUGGAGCCGGAACCAACGAAUGCCGCAGGUAACAUCUUGAGAGAGGCUUUGAUAAGGCUUGCAUCGUCAGAAAUAAAAGCCAAGUUGUAGCUCGAGUUAUGCUCCUAUAAUAUUGUGUUGGCUUCUGUGCUUUCCUUUAAUCAACAUCUGUGAUUUCUUUUGCUGUCGUCUUCUCAAUCGAGUUCAUUGGACAAACAUUCUGAUCAUGACACGUGUUCCUGAAUCCUGACGUGCUCCGGCUCGCCUCCUACCCAAUUGCGCCAACGAAAACGUUCACACGAAUCUCGAAGCAGGCAUAAACGGCAGGCUGUGGUGGUUAAUCCCGCAAAAGUGGGUCCUAUGUCCCUUCUUUUUUUGUUUUGCCGUAUUAUUCUCUCCUUCCUGACCGUUGCGAAGGCGAGCGUUCAAACGCCGAGAGGCAAACGCCAGGAAGCCUACGGAAUAGCAAGAGAGGAAAACUAGCCGUUAAAAUAUCAGCGCCCCUCCUCUCCUAUUUAUCAUAUCUAUCCCCUCCCUCGAAAGAAGUCGAUUCAAGAAGCGAGAGCAAACCCUACCGAACGGCUCAUCCAAACAUCAGGAAGCGAUCUUGAAAGUAGAGAAUGGGGUCGAGAACAGCAUCCAAGGACAUCAUCACCCUCCGUGGAUCCGCCGCCAUCGUCAGCGAGUUCUUCGGGUAUUCGGCGAAUAGCAUACUCUACAAUCGAGGCAUCUACCCGGAAGAGAGCUUCACCAAGGUGAAGAAAUAUGGGCUGCCGAUGCUGCUGACCCAGGACGAGGGCGUCAAAUCGUUCCUCGCCGGCCUGACAUCCCAGUUGACAGAAUGGUUGGAGGCUGGGAAGCUGCAGAGGGUGGUUCUAGUGAUCAUGAGCAAGGCCACCUCAGAGGUCCUGGAGAGAUGGAAUUUCAGCAUAGAGACAGAUGCCGAGGUCGUCGAGAAGGGUGUCAUCAAGGAGAAGAGUGACAAAGAAAUCAUGAGGGAGAUUCAAGCCAUCAUGCGUCAGAUAGCCUCCUCCAUUACUUACCUGCCCUGUCUCGACGAACCCUGCGUGUUUGAUGUGCUGGCCUACACUGAUAAGGAUGUCGCUGUCCCGUUCACUUGGAUUGAAAGUGAUGCAAAGCUGAUCAAGGACCCCCAAAUGGUGAAGUUACAUUCCUUUGAUACCAAGGUAGGACAAAGAUUAAUCAGCUCUUUGCGCUGCUCUUUCUGUCUGAUUGCAUUUAUCUAUCUUUUAUUCCCAACUUUCAUUUUUGUCUAAUAUGGCUUGAUGAAGAUACACAAAGUGGACACACUGGUUUCUUACAAGAACGAUGACUGGGAUGAGCAGUAGUAGCUGUAAAUGGGAUUCCUUCACGCCUCUAAACAAAUUGUGUGAUCGGAGGGAGACAUGGCUCUCCUGUGAAUCAUUCAUUCACUCUUAGGAUAGGAGUGUAUGAGCAUUUUGUGCUGAAAUGUGGUGGUGGCAACAUUUCAUGCUUCUUAUGAAGUUGUUGUGUGCUUCGAAUCAAGCUCUCCUGUGAAUCAUUUAUCACUUUCAGUAAUCCAUUCUUCCGACUGUUGCUGGUGGUAGCAUUUGGUACCGAAGCGUGAAGACAACAAACAUUUUCUAUUACCUCUGAAUUCAGCUCGUGACCACCGUGUGACCUAAAUUUUCAGAUGAAUUUUUUGUUUACUGCUUG